UCUCGAUAUCUCCUUGCAUCCUAAAAUAUUCAGCAUAAUUUGCUUUUUAAUUCAUCCGGGACUCCUGACGGAGGGCAAAUGGCGACUAUGAGUGAACACACAGUAUGGAAUGAGUCUCAAGUUUCGACUGGAAAUCAGCAAGUGGAUCGCUUAAAAGUGUUAUAUCCAAUGGUUAAUGAGAGUGAAACUCCACUCCCAAGAUCAUGGAGUCCUAAAGACAAAUUUACAUACAUUGGUUUGUCUCAAAAUAAUUUAAGAGUUCACUACAAAGGCUCAGGAAAAAAUCAUAAAGAUGCAGCAAGUGUGCGUGCCACACAUCCAAUACCUGCGGCAUGUGGAUUAUAUUAUUUUGAAGUUAAAAUUGUGAGCAAAGGUCGUGAUGGGUACAUGGGUGUUGGCCUUUCUGCUCAAGGUGUGAAUAUGAACAGAUUACCAGGCUGGGAUAAGCAUUCGUAUGGCUAUCAUGGCGAUGAUGGUCACAGCUUCUGCUCUAGUGGAACCGGACAGCCAUAUGGUCCCACUUUUACUACUGGAGAUGUCAUUGGCUGUGGUGUGAAUCUCAUCGAUAAUACCUGCUUUUAUACCAAAAAUGGUCAUCAUCUGGGCAUUGCUUUCACAGAUCUCCCUCCUAACCUGUAUCCUACUGUUGGUCUUCAAACUCCAGGUGAAGUAGUGGAUGCUAACUUUGGCCAGUCUCCAUUUGUUUUUGAUAUUGAAGACAUGAUGAAGGAAUUAAAAAGGCGCACAAGGCUUACUAUUGAAAGGUUUCCAGUUGUAGAUAAGCAAGGGGAAUGGCAAACUACACUCCACAGACUUGUUCAGACAUACCUCAUACAUCAUGGAUAUUGCUCAUCUGCUGAAGCUUUUGCUCAAAGUACAGGACAAACUAUUACUGAAGAUGUCAAAUCAAUCAAAAAUAGGCAACGAAUUCAGAAACUUGUAUUAGCUGGACGAAUGGGUGAAGCAAUUCAAGUAACCCAAAAUCUUUAUCCCACUCUCAUGGAAAAAUACCCCUAUUUAUUAUUUAUGCUGAAGUGUAGACAAUUUAUUGAAAUGGUGAAUGGAACUGAUAGUGAAGUCCGUCCCAUGAAGAGCCCAAGAUCACAGAGUAAUUCUCCUAGUAUGAGUCCUAACUAUCCUAGUGUAUAUUUUCACAGACCCGCGUCUACUUUAUCUACGUGUAGUUCCCCCGCAGUUUCCGGCAACUCUCCGAGCAGGAGUCCUCAUUCAAGCUCUCAGUUCAUACUGCCGAAACCGUCGUUACCCGUGACAGUCGAAAAUAACAUUGUAAAUAAUAACCAAUCUGUGACAUUAACAUCCAUUGAAGAGAUGAACGCUACGAAUCGUGUGAUCAAUGGAGAAAUGAUGAAUGGGAAUUCUGAAAUUUCUGGACCUACGAACUUCAUGCACUCUGAUGCAGACGUAGAAAUGGAAAAUUUAGAUUCUAUUAAUGACAAUACAGAAAGUGUUAGGACUAUACCUUAUGCUACAAAUGGAACUGUUAUCACAUCUGCUAUUUAUCGCAAUGGUGAAGAACAAGAAAAUGACAAUGAGAAAACAUUAGGUGCUGAUAUGGAUAUAGAUACUCCUUUAAAUAGAAAACAAGUUUGUGGUGGUAGCCAAGCUGCUAUAGAACGAAUGCUUAACUUCGGAAGAGAAUUGCAUUCUAUGAGUGUUCAAUUAAAGAGGGAUUAUGGUUCAGAUUCAGAUAACAAAAAAAUGCUCCAGGAUGCUUUUAGUCUUCUAGCUUAUGCAGACCCUUGGUCUAGUCCUGUUGGCUACCAGUUAGAUCCUGUUCAGAGGGAGCCAGUAUGUGCUGCCCUUAACGGUGCAAUUCUCGAAUUACAAAAUGAACCUCGUCUCCCUCCUCUUGAAAUUGCAUUGGCUCACACACAAGAACUUGUUAAACUGAUGUCCAAAGCUGGUUUAGGGUCGUGUGCAUUCACUAACCUCGAAAGCCUACUUCAGUGAUAUGGAAGAUCUCCAUCGAGGGAGCCGAGCUGUGUAAAGACUUCAUAAAUGAAUUUGUUGAUAUAUAUUUCUGCCUACGAAAGGCUUUUAUGCUGAAGGACAGUUCUGAAUUUGAUUGCACCUGUACUUCAUCUGAAUCUGGUAUUUCUACUUUUGGCAACAAGUCUGUAGAGCAAUGUUAUAGCAUCAUUGCUGUUAGCUGGUGAAUGAAUAAAUUAAUUUGGAUGAUUGAAUCUGUGACUGGCAUAUGUAUUUAUCUCAAAGUUUCAUCCAUGCCUCGAAAGCUUACGAUCGCCGUGUGAUACCGGAUGAUACAGACAUAGGUUUCAUUUUAGGUCGGCUGUCAUGUAUUUUAAAAAACAUAGUGAUAUUUUGCUCUGAGUUUGCAAUUAUAUUGGUGUAUUAAGUAGACUUUUGUACUGUUCGGUAUCCAGUAGGAAUGUUUAAGAUUAUUAGUUCCAGAUGCUCUAUUAUUGACAUAUAUUAAAGUCAUUUAUUUUUAUUUUUUUGCAAGAUGAUUAUUCAUGUUAUGUGAUUUAUAUAAAAAUUAAUUUUAUAUUUUCUUUUACACUUACUUGAAAAGUGCUAAUAGAAGAUAAUCUAAUAAAUUAUAAUGUAAAGGGAAGAUGUAUGUUACAGAAACUUUUUGAGUAA